AUGGAACUCCGACCAGAAACGUAACCUAGAUUUAGACACUACCUAUUUAAAAUUAUUAUGAUAGGAGACUCACACGUAGGAAAAUCAAGCCUACUCCUAAGGCAAUCAGAAAAAACAUAUAAAGAGAAUUAUUUAUCAACAAUCGGCUUAGAUUUUAAGCAAACAAGUGUAGAUAUCGAUAACUCCCUUGUACAGCUUCAAAUUGUAAAUUUCAAUUAGUGAGAUACUGCAGGGCAGGAAAGGUUUAGAACAAUAAAUAUAUUGAGUUCAAUUAUAAUUUAUCUAUAUAAAAUCAUAAAGAUCCAUCCAUAAAUAAAAAAGGCUAUGAAUUUUAGGCUGAAUAUAAUUUAUCUUAAUAUAAAUAAUUAUUAUAGAGGUGCGGAAGGAGCUAUCAUAGUUUUUGAUAAAAGUGAUAGGACAUCUUUUGAUAACGUCGACGAUUGAAUCAAUGAGCUAGAAAAAUAUGCAGUACAGAACCCUAUUAAAGUGCUAGUUGGGAAUAAAAGUGACAUAAAAAGUGACGUUGGGACUGAAGAAGGAAAGCUAAAAGCUGUUAAAUAUAAAAUGGAUUAUAUUGAAACGAGCGCGAAAGAAGACUAUCAGGUUGAAGCAUUAUUUCAAGUUCUUGCUUCGAGAUUGAUAUCUAAAGGAGCUCUAAGAAUUCCCAAAGGGAACAAAAUUAAGAAUGUAAAUGCAGUCAAGAAAAGAGGAUGCUGCAGAAGUUAA